AUGGUCCUCUCGUGGUUCCGCACAAGCGAAACACCCAAAGCGUCCACCACAGACCCCGCCGCCUCAUCUCUCCCAACGCAACAAACCCCCGAAGCCACGCCCACACCCACACACACCCCCUCCACCGAAACCGCCCCAACAAACCCCAAACCAACAGACGCAAACACAGACGACCUCCCCAAACUGUGGAAACCAGACACAAACAAAAAGCUCUUCUUCGGCGGCGCGCUCUUCUUCGCUUUCUCGCUCCUCACCACCCGCCGCGCCUUGACCCGGCGCUUCAACGCCUCAAUCCCGCCCUACUACACGUCCAGUGUCUACCACAGACCCGAGGUCAAUGGCGGGAUGGAGGCAUUCGAGGCUCUGCAUCUCGCCACGAUAAACGUGCUGAGCUUUGGGAUGAUGGGUACCGGCGGCGUUCUUUGGGCGAUGGGGAUUAAUUCGCUGGAUGAUAUGAGGCGGUAUGUGAAGACGAGGAUGGCGGGGGGUGAUGGCGAGUUGAGUGCCACGGAUCAGGAGAUGGAGAAGGAGGUUGAGGCGUGGGUUAUGAAAUACUUGGGGAAGAGGAUUGAGGGGGGGCAGUUGAAGGGUUUGAAUGAGGCGAGCGUUGAAGGGGAGAAGUCUACGUAG